CCACAAACAUCUUUUUUCAACGUUUGCUCGCAUGCUAGGAACAAACAAACAAAGGAACCGGAAUGGAUGCUAGUACUGCCAACCAUAUUCUGCAUCACUUUUCAAGCCUGCUCCCAUAGCUUCUGUUCCACCAGACAAGCCACUUUCUUCUUGUCCUCGUCCCGCCCAACUGCACGCAUACAAGCUCCAGCCUCAUUGCCGCUCACGCAUCACAAGCGAACCAGAUACUCAACCUCAUCCCCCCACACCGGUACUGCAACAUGGAUCUAUUACAGGCCUACCUACCUUACCUCUCUCAUUUCCUCCCCCCAUCCGUCUUCACCACCAUCAUAAAAAUCCUCACAACCGGAUUCAGCAUCCUCAAAACCGCACAAACUCACCUCUCCCCGCUUUUGAUCCGCGUCACUACCCAACCCGAUGUCGCCUCCCUCCUCGCGCUCGUCGUGCUGCUCUUUGUCAGCCUCAAGAUCCUCGACAUGGCCUAUCGCGCAGUCAUGUUUUGGGUCAGAUUGGUCUUUAGACUCGUUUUAUGGGGGACCUUGGCUGCCAUGGCCCUGUGGAUCUGGAAUAGAGGCGCCGAUGGCUUCGUCCAAGACGUUCAAAACCUGGGCAGCCAUUGGUGGGGCGAGUAUGAGCGGUUCAAGGAUGAAGCCAAGGACUGGCAGAGUUUCCAGGAGCAAGAGGUUAGGAAACAAGCUGGUAGAAAACAGGGGGCCGCGUAUGGGCAGCAAGGCAGGCAAUGGUAA